AUGGAGAUCAGACGAUGGCUCCUCCAGUUUCUUGCCCUUCUCACCAUGACCACUGCCCUUCUUUUGAACCCAUCCGCUUCCACUUCCAGCUCCAUCAGCACCGUCGACGACCUCCCCACUCUCCUAUCAUUCAAAUCCCUCAUCACGAAGGAUCCCUUGGGCGCACUCUCCUCAUGGACAAUCAACAGCAGCUCCAACGGCAGUACUCAUGGCUUCUGCAGCUGGACCGGCGUGAAAUGCAGCAGGACUCACCUGGGCAGUGUCAUGGCACCGCGCUUACAAGGUCUUAGCCUCUCCGGGACGGUUUCACCAUUUCUUGGGAACCUCUCCCGCCUCCGCGUACUCGAUUUGUCCAACAACAAGCUUGAAGGUCAGAUCCCUCCUAGCCUUGGUAACUGCUUUGCUCUCCGCAGGCUCAACCUGAGCAUGAACUCCCUGUCCGGUGCCAUCCCUCCCGCCAUGGGAAACCUGUCAAAGCUGCUUGCUAUGGGUAUUAGCAUCAACAAUAUCUCGGGUACCAUUCCUCUUUCGUUUGCAGAUCUUGCUACAGUCACCGUGUUAAGUAUAACAAGUAACUCUGUGCAUGGGCCAAUACCACCAUGGCUUGGCAAUUUGACAGCGCUGAAACGUUUGAGCAUGGCUGAGAAUAUGAUGAGCGGCCAUGUUCCACCAACUUUGUCUAAGCUUAUCAACCUUCAAUAUCUGACUCUAGCAGUCAAUAACCUGCAAGGUUUGAUCCCUCCAGUGUUAUUUAAUAUGUCGUCACUUGAGUACCUCAAUUUUGGGUCAAACCAACUGUCAGGCUCUCUACCACAAGAUAUUGGCUCUAUGCUUCCUAACCUGACAGUUUUCAGUGUAUUCUACAACAAAUUUGAAGGCCAGAUUCCUGCCUCCUUGUCAAACAUAUCUGGUCUUGAACUUAUCGUUCUCCAUGGGAAUAGAUUUCGGGGACAGAUCCCAUCAAAUAUUGGCCAAAAUGGAUGUUUGAUUGCAUUUGCAGUAGGGGACAAUGAGCUGCAGGCUACAGAGUCAAGGGAUUGGGAUUUUCUGACCUCCUUGGCUAACUGCAGCCGCCUAUUUUCUGUAGGUCUUCAACUGAAUAACCUUUCAGGGAUUUUGCCAAAUAGCAUCAGUAAUCUGUCGCAAAAACUUGAAACUCUUAAAGCAGGAGGAAACCAAAUUGCUGGGCAUAUACCUACAGGCAUAGGAAGAUAUUACCAACUCACGAUGCUUGCGUUUGAGGAAAACCUUUUCACAGGAACCAUCCCUUCAGAUAUAGGAAAGCUAUCCAACCUCAAAGCACUAUCUCUAUCUCAGAAUAGAUGCCAUGGGGAGAUUCCAUCGUCAAUAGGCAACAUAUCACAACUAAGUCUGCUAACCCUUUCAGCCAACAAUUUGGAGGGUAGCAUUCCAGCUACUUUUGGCAACCUUACUGAGUUAAUCUCCCUGGACCUUUCCUUGAACCUCUUGAGUGGGCAAAUCCCAGAAGUGUUGAAUCCCUCAAAAAGAAACGAAUUUUGGUGUGAAUCAACUAGGGAUUUGAGAGGGGAUUUGAGAGAGGAGUUCACAAUACAGAGAACUGGAGCAACUUCAUGA